AUGUUCUUUAAUUUCAGUUGUCGCUCUUGCUUUGCAUUUGUUCUGUUGAUCUUCAUCUUGAACGACACUUCAAAAAACAAAAUUCGUGUUGAUGCCAACGCAUACAAAGUUGGCGAAAGUGGCUUCUCGCAACAGUUGAGGCUUGAAACCAUUGAUGCGGUUUACACCUGGGUCAAUGGGUCAGAUCCCAUGUGGAAGAGUGACAGGGACUUUUGGUAUCAGCGUUGGGUUCAGGAAUAUGAUGCACCUGCCCCUGAUGUCCAGAACGGUCAGAACAAUGGCUCUGAUGAGGCGAAUGAUGCUUUCGCCGACAAUCAUUUUCGAGACAAUGACGAGCUUCGAUAUUCAAUUCGCUCGCUAGAAAAAUAUGCACCUUGGAUACGCCAUAUAUACAUUGUGACGAACGGCCAGGUUCCAUCUUGGCUGAAUCUGGACAAUCCCCGUGUCACAAUUGUCAAACACUCGGAAAUUUUCAAAAAUCCCUCAUACUUGCCGGUAUUUUCAUCCACCGCUAUCGAGAGCAACCUGGAUAGAAUCUCUGGUCUCAGUGAUACAUUCAUAUAUUUCAAUGACGAUGUUUUGCUCGCUGCACCUAUAUGGCCAGAUGAUUUUAUCACACCAUCAGGGGUACAAACCAUCUACCUCUCCCACCCAGUUCCAUUGGGCUAUGAUGCAUAUCCGGAGCAUAGGGCUUGGUCUGAAAAUGAUGCUCCAGAUAAGCCCCCAGUGCCAGGUGAGCACGAGUUUGAUGACUACGGCUUCGUGGAUGAUGGGGAUGGCGGAGUCAAAAUUGAGCGGCUAGUUGGGAGAUUUUGGGGGGCGAUGUCCCUUUAG